AGGUGUGACAGAUGCCGAAAAAAGAACUUGAAGUGCGACAGAGCCAUGCCUUCGUGUCAGAAUUGCGAAGGACUCAAGGAAUGCAAGUAUACUUUGCAAAACCAUUCACACAGAGGAAUACCCAGGUGCGCUACAUGUCAAAAGUAUGGCUUGAAGUGUGACAGAGAUAUGCCGGCCUGCAAUCAAUGUCAACUUCAAGGCAAGCCUUCCCAAUGUGCAUACCUGCCCAGAAGGCGACGGAAUGCAGAAGAAAAAAUAACUUUCGAAGAUGAUAUUGGAACAACCGCGGGCACUAUUUUGAAAUUUGGAUUUGUCGAUCAGAAUACAAAUGACUAUGAGCCCUCACAGUCCAAUAUACAAGACCAGGCUCCUUCGAGUGUGUCAACGCCGAUCCGAAGAUUCACCACCACGAGUCCUUCUGACUAUCAAGGAGGGUCAAGUAGUAGUCAUCGUGACAGCGAUGCGCGCUCUACCCGAGGUUCUGUUCGAAGCGGCUCAACUUCCUCCGCCAGCCGCCUUCAACAGAGCUCUAACGGUAAUGCGAUCUUCACUAGAUCGCAGCGUUCGCUUCCGCAAUUUUCUCCUCUACCUUCGGUCAUUCUCCGAACGUUGUCGGAAAAACAAGAGGCAGAGAUGCCAGAUCGUGAAGCUUUCAACAAAAGCAUAAAGGUCUUCCUGAAAACCCUAAUGCCAGAAAUGCAAGAGAGCGCGAGUCUCUCUCCUGCUACUUAUGCGGGAGUGGCGAAAUACUUGGUUACAGGCGAAAUACCACCACAUGCGUCACCAUAUCUACAAACAUGGAUGACUACUCAUCGACUACUCCCAGGCUCUCAAACGCAUCCCCUCAUCCUUAUACCUCGCGAUCCUAUACCGGAAAAUCUAGCUAUUAGCUUGCAGGAGUACCAAGCUGAUCCUGUGCGCUAUACACAUGGAGAUGGCACCACACUUCCGGAACAAAGUAUCUUUGACCGUCUGCCAGUUCAGGAUGAACUGUACGAUAUUCUAGCCUAUGCCCACCGGGCACACAAGAACUCCAAUAUCAUGACGGACGAAGUAAGGCAAUCGGGUUUUGCUCAUAUCACUUGGCCAAUGGCAGACAUUUUUGUCCGUUUGUGCCCCGUGUGCGCACCGAGGGAUUCCGAUCCCGGAGAGUCCCUCGAAAACGACGACUAA